UUUCGCUGCCCGUUACAGUUAUGGCGCUCAUGGGGGCUGAGUAAAGAGGAAGCCACGUUGACACAAAAAGUAAUAAUUUCUCUUUUUUUCUGACGCCGGGACAGAACCGUCACGUCGUCAACUUACACCUGCUAACUGUGUAACCUCAGCUGGGACAUUUAAGUAACGGUCAGAGACGCCACAUCAUCUCACAGGAUGAGUGUUGGGUUCAUUGGAGCGGGCCAGCUGGCUCAUGCACUGGUGAAAGGGUUCACGGCUGCAGGUGUGAUUGCUACACACAGGAUUACAGCCAGCUCCCCAGACACAGAUCUGCCCACUGUGACGGGGCUGAGGAAAAUGGGGGUGAACCUGACGACUAGCAACAAAGAGACGGUCAAUAAGAGUGAUGUGCUCUUCCUGGCUGUGAAACCCCACAUCAUCCCCUUUGUUCUGGAUGAGAUUGGGCCAGACAUCGAGGACCGUCAUCUCAUAGUUUCCUGUGCGGCAGGCGUCACCAUCAGCUCCAUAGAGAAGAAGCUGCUUCAGUACCGUACAGCUCCUAAAGUCAUGAGGUGUAUGACUAAUACUCCAGUGGUGGUGAGAGAGGGAGCUACAGUGUACGCCACUGGGACACAUGCAGAGGUGGAGGAUGGCAAGUUACUGGAGCAGCUGAUGGCCAGCGUGGGUUUCUGCACAGAGGUGGAGGAGGACCUCAUCGAUGCUGUCACCGGGCUGAGUGGCAGCGGACCGGCCUACGCGUUCACAGCCCUUGAUGCUCUUGCAGACGGGGGAGUGAAGAUGGGUCUGCCCAGACGACUGGCUGUCAGACUUGGAGCUCAGGCCUUGUUGGGAGCAGCGAGGAUGCUGCUGGACUCGGAGCAGCACCCCGGCCAGCUGAAGGACAAUGUGUGCUCACCAGGGGGCGCCACCAUCCACGCCCUGCAUGUCAUGGAGAGCGGCGGCUUCCGCAGCCUCCUGAUCAAUGCAGUGGAGGCUUCAUGCAUCAGGACACGGGAGCUGCAGUAUCUGGCGGACCAGGAGCGCAUCUCUCCAGCAGCCAUUAAGAAAACGACACUGGACAAGGUGCUCCAGCAACCCGGAGUCACAGUCAGCGGAGUGGCUAAUGGGAACGGCAAAUCAGGGCUCAGCCUGUUCAACAAUCGCGGCCCCGGGAUCAAGAAGAAGAACUGAGUACACAGAGGCAGGCGCACACACAAACACAUCACAGGUUUGAGUGUACACACGUGUACACACAUGGACAUACAUGCAUCGUAUAUAGCUGGUCUGAUCUGAAAUCAGAUCCGUUUCACUUCACAUAAAUGCCAAAUUAUUUAUUCCUACUUGGGUUACAUGCGGACAGUGGACCUGCUGGUGUCAUCACCACAUUACACACAAGCACAGGUGCAUUCUGGGUGUGUUGCCCACAGUUAUAGCCUUAUGUUGUAAUGCAGGAUUACUGUCUACACAUACACAAAUCCAGAUAGACAGUGAAGAGCAAAAGUGCAUUUGCAAUCUGUUGUCUGUUUGUUUGGGCUCUCAACUAUCUAAGGCUGUUAAGGCUGCUAAAACAGUAAUGACCCAGCGGGCCAUCAUGGGAUCCUGGUACACACCAGGCAGCAGAUGGCUGCUGGGAUACCAUCAAGCUCUUAAUGUUUGUCUUUAAUGUCUUUCUUUUAAAACAAAAAUGAAGCCACGGUGUAAAUCAUCCUGUACCCUUCUUCUGUUUGUGCUAAUAAUUAUUUUAUGUUGGACAACAGUAUUACACUGUUCACAAAGACUGAACAAAACAAAGAAUAACUUUUAUGUAUGGUUAUUUUGAUUGUCGUAUUUGAACACUAUGGUCUUUCAUGCAAUGUCAUAAUGGGGUUUCUUCUAGCACAUUAAGAACACUGUGCCUUCGACCCUUUGGACCCACAGUAUGUAUGUAUUUCUUGCAAGUAAAGGUCAUUCAGAGCUUUAAAAGAAA